AUGACUUCUACAGAGCAUCCCUCAAACUCUCCGUCUCCAGCGCAAACCACUCCUGAGCAAACGCCGACAUGGACGUAUCCGGCAAGAACUUGCCGGCUGUGUCUCGAAGAUGUUCCUGCUACGGUCACUUUGUACCCGCCCGGCCUUCCUCCUGCCUUCCAGCGUGCUGUUGUCGAAUAUAAAAAUGACGAUGAAUAUGGCCGACUUAUCAAACCGUGCCAUUGCAGGGGAGGAAUGAGAUAUAUCCAUGAACUCUGCUUACGAAGGUCAAGAACUGAAGGCGUACGGCCUGGCUCUCUGUGGAAAUGCCAUGAGUGCGGCUACCAGUUCAACUUCAACCGGCUGACCCUCCAGAAGUAUCUCGGCAGCAAAACAUUUUCCGGAGUACUGACAAUUUUUGUCAUGCUCAUCUUCAUGUUUAUAUUUGGGUUCGUUGCGGAUCCCAUCCUGAACUUCUAUACCGACCCAUACGAGACCAUCAUUGGGCAUGAAGACUUCUGGCAGGAAGUCGACGUGAAUGAGUCGAAGAACACCUUCUCUGGAUGGGCUCAACAUUUCAUGAAAGGCCUUGUUUCUAUGGGCGUCCUGAGUUUCUUGAGGACCGCCCUCCUGAACCCCUUUCAGUGGUGGAACCUCAGAAAUACCGGAUUUGUUAGCAGCAGGAUAUCUGGGAGGUCGGCUACCGGUCGUGAUCGUGCCGUGAAUAUCAGUUGGAUCGUGGUGGUCAUGGGCGUUUUAUCCGCCUCGUAUUUGUUCUAUCAGUGGGUUGAGACUAUCAUUGCCAAAACUCUUCAGCGCAUUGGAAACAACAUUGUUGACACCCAAUUACCGGGAGACGACGACGACAUCAAGCCUCCCGCAGGAUAUAAGUUUGAAGAGGGCCAUUCAAAGAUGGUUGAUACUCAAGAUUUGAAGCAGGAUGAUGUGCCGGACGGCGGAAAGACAGGAGGUUCGGAAAGAACCGUGAAAUCUAGCUCAAGGCUGGAAGAUAUACCGAAGCAGUUUGACGAGUCUGGACUGGAACAUCGACGUCCGCGCGGGGAACAGACCCCAGCGUAUGACCAUGAGAUGGCCCAGAUGGGAGAUCCGACUGAUAGACGAGAUCAUAUCCCAGGGAGUUGGGAUUCGGCCGGGUUCACCUCUGCUCUCGAUGCUGCUCAUAGUCAGGGUUGGUCAUUUGCCGAUCUUUGA